AUGGAUAUUGUGACUGCUUUUGGAGGCUCUAUCCUCGCUUUUUGCUUUCAGGGGCUUCUCGACAGGUUGAGUUCCGUUGACUUGAUGAAAUACGUUGGCCAAGGCCAAGUCCUGGCUCAACUCAAGAAGUGGGAGAAGAUGCUCAAGAGAAUUCAUGCGGUGCUUGAAGAUGCAGAGGAGAAGCAGACGGCAAAUCGAUUGGUGGGGAUCUGGUUAUGCGAUCUCAGAGACUUGGCUUACGACCUGGAGGAUAUCAUUGAUGAACUUGCCACGGAGGUUCAGCGACGCAAGUUGGAAGACGAACCUGUUCGUCCAAAUAAUAAGGUGCACAGUUUUUUCUCUAUUAUGUGUGGUGGGGUGAAUCUAAAUCUAAAUACCAUUAAGUUCAAUGCUGAAAUGGUUGCCAAAAUAGAGGAAAUUGGUGCUAGAUUAGAUGAGAUCAUAAAGCAGAAAGAUGAACUCCGUUUGGCAGAGUAUUCUAGAAAGAGGGUCAGCCAUGUGACAGAAAGACCCCCCUCAACCUCUUUGGUUAAUGAAGCAAAGGUUUAUGGUAGGGAGGAAGAUAAGAAGGCGAUGCUGAAAUUGUUGAAUGCUCAGACAAGUGAUGUGGAGGUCUCUGUGAUUCCCAUAGUUGGGAUGGGAGGACUUGGCAAGACAACCCUAGCUCAGCUAGUCUACAAUGAUCCCACGUUGGAGUUUGAUUUGAAAGCCUGGGUUUCUGUUGGCGAAGAUUUUGAUGUUUUGACCAUCACCAAAACAGUUCUUCUUCAAUUGGGUGACGGUGGUGAUGAUAAAGAUUUGGAUUUACUCCAGGUAAAAUUGAAGCAAAAGUUCUUCCAGAAAAAGUUUUUGGUGGUCAUGGACGACGUCUGGACAGACAACUAUGAGCAAUGGACUCUGUUUCGGAGUCCUUUUGAAGCAGGGUCGAACCAGAGCAGAAUUAUCAUCACAACUCGCAGUUAG